CCAGCCAAUGGCUCUGGCCCCUGGGCAGCUCCGGGCCUGGGGACGAGCCGACACGCUUCGGUGACUUCACAGAAAUCAGGGGCCAGCCUCCGCAGGGGACACGCAGCAGCUCCGGCACACGGCCCCCGGGGCCCCCGACAUGGUCAACGGCACCAACGCCUCGGGCCCGGACUACGGCUACGAGUACUACCUGGACUACCUGGACUUCGUCCCCGUGGACGAGAGGAAGCUGCGGGUCCACAAACACGCCAUCACCAUCGCCUUCUGGGUGAGCCUGGUGGCCUUCGUGCUGCUCCUGCUGCUGGUCCUGCUCUACGUGUCCUGGUCGGGCUCCCCGCCGGCGCGGAACCACGCCCAGCACCAGCCCGCCUGCCCCUGGAGUCUCUGCCUGGACCUCCCCCUCCGCGUGCUGAGGCACCUGCUGCUCCACAGGGUCCCCCAGGGGACCCCGAGGGCCCCGCCCUGCUCCACCAAGGAGCCGCAGCAGUUGAGACAGGAGGGUCCCGCCCCCUCGACCUCCACCGCCCCCCAGGCCCCCUCUGCUCUCCUGUGGGAACCGGCCCUCGGUGGGGACCCCCUGGCAUCAGCUGACGUCAGCCACAAGCCCGGCUGGCCACCCCUGGAGAUGGGACGGACGCCAGCAAACCACAACCACCGCCGGGCGGCCUGUGACACACACCAGCCCGGGCACGUGUGCCCCCGGAAAGCCACCGCAGGUCACGGGAAGGGCGGCAUGUGAGAGUGGCCGCACGGGGGCACGGGGCAUGCACAUGGGAGCCGCACAGGCAGAGGCUGGCACAGCCCACCCGGU